UUUUAGUCAUUGCAAGUAUCUGUUGCAUGUUGUGCCAACGCACAGUUUUAUUAGCGCACGAUAGGAGUUCCUCUUGCAAUUAAUUUUUCUCUUUUCAGCUUCAAUUUGUUCUUCUCGGCUUCUCUUCCAAUUUGCAGUUAUUUAUGCUCUGGUCAUGGUUCCUGAAGUAGAUCCAGAUCAUGCUCUGAUGAUUGAAGAAAAUUAUCCGAAUCCAAUGCUGAUUGAUCCAAAAAGAGACCGCUUUCCGUGCUGCAUUGUAUGGUCACCACUUCCUGUCUUGUCUUGGUUUAUCCCCUUUAUUGGGCAUAUAGGGAUUUGUAGGGAGGAUGGCGUGAUCUUGGACUUUGCAGGGCCAAACUUUGUUUCUGUUGACAAUUUCACAUUUGGGGCACCAACUCGCUAUUUCCAAUUAAGCAGAGAGCAGUGCUGCUGCCUUUCUCCUUAUUCAGCUGAACCUACGGGUGAAUAUGUCGAGAACCAUGAUGAAUCUGGAGGUAAUGUUGACACGUGGGAAUCUGCCAUAAGAAAGAGCAUUCAAGAAUUCCAACACCAAUCUUACAGCAUUUUCACUUGCAACUGCCACUCUUUUGUAGCUAAUGGUUUGAACAGGCUGGGGUUUCAGGCUGGUGGAUGGAAUGUAGUCAACCUGGCCGUUUUCAUUUUUCUCAAGGGACGUUGGGUAAAUAGAACAGCUAUGGUUAAAACCUAUUUACCGCCUCUCGUUGUGCUUGGUUUAGGAGUCGUCUUUGGAGGAGGGACUUUCCUUACUUACCUGUUGAUGUUCAUGUUUGUUCUUAUUGGUUGGUUUCUCCUUGGCACGUAUUGUUUCAAGAAUUUGAUCCAUGUGUAGUCAGUCGCUCGAGAUUAUUUGAUUCCUAUAGUCUAACACUUGUAAUUUUGGACAUGAUACAAGUAAAUUUAUUUUAAAAAGUUAAUAUACUUCCUACACACCCCAUCUUUUAAAACAUUUCAAGUAACUUAGAGCUGUAUGUGUCAAAGAUACUCAGUUGGAAAAGCUGGCUUCAGUUCCACUUAAAAGACAUUUCAUUCAAUGCAGCUGUUUCUUGUUCCAUUGAGACUUGAACAUAUGGGAUGUCCAAGCAGAGACAUAAAGUUUUAUUUUUGUCCAUGGAAAGAAAAAUAAAUGUGAAAAUUUGUAAAUUUUGUGGGAUUUUUA